AUGGAAGUCUGUAAACAUUUAAAAGUUCUACAAAUUGCUGAAAAUAAACAUAAUAUUUUGAAUCCUGAGAAAUGGAUGUGUUUUACUUGUGGCACAACAGCAAGUGUUUGGGCCUGUCUCAGUUGUCGUAACGUGGCAUGUGGUCGUUUUAAUAAUGGGCAUGCUCUUAGACAUUUUCAAGACAAAAAGCAUCCAUUGGCUAUAGAAGUAAAUGAUAGAUAUGUUUAUUGUUAUAAAUGUGAUGAGUAUUUAUAUGGAGAUAAUGUUACUAAAGACUUGACCUUACUUCGUGAAGCAUUGAGUGCUAUUACUACACAAUCUUUUGAGAAGGUCGAAUCUCGAGGUCAAAGGUUACUGAGGUCAUAUUCUAAUUCUGAAAUAACAUCAAGACAGAACUCUGAUUUAAAUGAUAAGUUUGCUACUGCAGUUUUACAUCAUUCGCGCUCAUUAUUAAGUAAAGUAUUAACAGCAUGGCAAGCUUACGUUCAACAUGAAAAGGACAAGGCCUCCCCACCUAAGAAAGUGAAACUAGAGAAAACAAUUAGUUCCCCGUCUGGACGUAAGAGAACAUUGAUACCUGGUGUCACAGGACUACGUAACCUUGGUAACACGUGUUAUAUGAAUUCUAUAUUACAAUGUUUAGGUCAUCUAGAAGAAUUAAGAGAGUUUAUAUUAGAGAUGGAGUUUAGUGAAGUUUGGAGUCCUCCUACCACCCCCUCACCUAAAGAUAAACCUAAACCAUCGUGUCGAACAUCACAUCGCCUGAAUACAGUAGAUUACUUUCAGCAUCUGAGUAAACCAGUGAAUCUACGGUCUACGCCUGUAAAAAGAGGAGGGGGGUUAAGUGGGGGAGAGGGGUCACCAUCUACUAGUUCUCUUAGUUUAAACCUAAAUUCAUCUCUCAGUCUGAAUAAUAUAUCUCUAUGGCAUGAAUUACAUGGUUUAUUACGUGUUUUAUGGUCUGGUAAAUGGAGUCAAGUUAGUCCCCAUGGUUUUCUACAUACAGUAUGGAACAGAAUUCCCAUGUUUAAAGGUUAUUCUCAACAUGAUGCUCAAGAAUUUUUAUGUGAAUUAUUAGAUAAAUUAGAAGAUGAGGUACCGGAACUUCCUGAAACUAAUCACCAUAGCAACAUAUUAACUGAUAUCUUUCAAGGUCAACUAGUUAGCAGUGUAACUUGUAUGAAAUGUGACCAUCAAUCCUCAACAUACGAACCAUUCUUAGAUUUAUCACUAGAAUUUCCCGAUCGUUAUCAAAUCACAUCAUCUAAUAGUAAUAUCUCGGAUACUUCCUGUCAUGUGACUGAGAUGUUAUCAAAGUUUACCGAGAUUGAAAUGUUGGAGGGUGCUAUUUACUCUUGUGAAAAUUGUAAUAAAGCAAGAAAAGAAAGUAAAAGUAAACCGUCCAUUCUGUGUGAAGCAUGUAAACAAUUACUAAUCAAUAAACUACCUCCAGUCCUUCGACUCCAUUUAAAACGAUUCAGAUGGUCAGGGCGUUAUCAUAGAGAGAAAAUAGCAGCACAUGUUAGAUUUGAUGAAGAUUUAGACAUGUCACCAUAUUGUUCAGACUCGGUCGGCUGGACUUCAUGUACCUACCGACUGGCAGGGGUCGUAGUUCAUCAUGGUUGGGGCUUCGGAUCAGGCCACUAUACCUCAUAUUGUUGGAGUAAUGAAGCAGAUUCCUGGUUAGAUUGUAAUGAUUCUAAAGUGGAGUUCACCACACUACAAGACGUACAGAAAUCACAAGCCUAUAUUUUAUUCUACACACAAGUUACGCAGGAUAUUUCAGAUGAGUCCCUAGCAACACCCUUAGAAACGACGUCUGGUGAAUUCUCAGACUCUGAAAGCCUUAGUGAAAAUUCGUUAAUGGUGGACGAAGAUAUAACAUUCAAUUUUAAGAAUUCAGAUUUGUUUACGGACAGUAAUUCUAAUGCAUCUGCGACUAUUUCUACGCCUCCUCGAUUAAAACGUCGCCGAACAAAUUCAUUAUGA